AUGACUAGACAACCAGCUUUACCAGGUCCAUUUCCGUUACCAUUCGUUGGCAAUUUAUUUGAAAGAGAUUUAAGUAAUUUGGCCAAGAAAUGUCAUAAAAAAUAUGGAGAUAUUUUUGAAUUAUAUAUUGGUAAUCAACGUACAAUAUGGUUGUGUAGAGCUGAUUUAGUUGAGAAAAUUUAUACUCCAUCAACAAACAGCAACUUCAAAUUACGUAAUAAAGACCAACAAGGACUGGAUGAGAUGGGUCUAACUCAUGGUAUAACCAUGAAUAAUGAUCUAGAAUCUUGGUCAUUUAAUCGUAAAUUUUUAGUGAAUGCAAGUUUGUCACCAAAAUUUUUAAAAAACUUCACGAUUGAUUUGGUCAAAGAUAGCUAUUUACAAGUGGAAAAUUAUUGGAAUAUAAUAAAUUCAGAAUUUAAAAAUAAUAAAAUGGUCACUGGUGGUGAAAGAAAUGAUGAUACUUAUCAUAUAAAUUUAUCUUCUUGGCUUUCAAGAUUAAGUAUGGAUAUCUCACUUAGAACAAUGACUGUCAGGUUGAUCCAUAAUCAUUUAAUGAAUAAUAAUAAUUAUCUUAGAAAACACUUGAUUGGAGUAAUUAAAGAGAGAAGAAAAGAAAUCGAAACAAUGGAUCACAAUGAUAAAAUUCUUCAAAAUGACAUGCUAACUUGUCUAAUAAAUAUAAAUACUGAAAGAGAUUUAGAAAGAAAGACCUUCAGUGAGGAUGAUGAACAUUAUAAUGAAUACACACGACCAAUGACUGAUAAUGAAAUUAGUGAGAUUGUAUUGGAAGUAUUGGCUGCAAAUCAAGAUACUGUGACUCGUUUAAUUGAUGAAAUUUUGUCAAUUUUUCCACCAUAUUCAACCAGCAUAGAUUCCAUUAAUUAUGAAAAUAUCAAGAAAUUGAAAUUUCUUGAUGCAUUUAUAUAUGAAGUCUCAAGAAUAAGUCCGUCAGUACCAUGCAUUAUGCGUACGUCAAUGGUUGAUGAUACAAUAAGUGGGUACAAAUUUCCUGGGAAUACAUCAUUCUAUACUUAUUUUAGUGCUAUACACAUGCAUCCAAAACAUUGGACAAACCCUGAAAUGUUUAAUCCAGAUAGAUUCUUGGAUAAUAAUGGUGGAAGAGGGAUUGAAAAAAACAGUUUCUUACAAUUUGGUGGUGGUGUUAGAAUUUGUCCUGGUCGACAUUAUGCUAUGUUGUUCAUCAAAAUUUUCCUUGUAAUGUUCUUUAGAAAUGGAAAUGACUUUGAGUUAGCAUAUCCUGAUAAACCAAUUAAAACUGAAUAUUCUUUUGCUUAUAAAAUUCUUGGUUUGAUGAUUAAGGUUAAAAAAAGAGAUUUACAAAAAGAAUUUUAA